AUGUCACGUGUUGUUGAAGAAGUCAAAUCGAUGUUGGAGAGCGUUGGCGAAAUCGAAGAGGUCACGACGGUCAAAGUGUCGAAUGAGGAUCAGAUGAAGGUCUGGAAGCUGCUCAUCGAGGAAGAGCUGAAAGAAGCUGGAAUCGAUGAUGCGAACGCACUUCGAUGCGUCAGCAUUCCGGAAGCCGAGCAGCGGAUUGUCGACGAGUUUCUCAAGAAUCGUCGUUGA